AUACCUACAAUUAUGGAUAACUUCUUGUUCCCACCUCAGCAUUGAUUGUCGGUCAAAUUUGAAGGGAAAAAGAGUGGAAAAGCCAAAACACACUGAAAUUCACCUUUUUAUCUUCUGUUUUUGUGAGUGAAGAACGAGAUAUUAACAGACAAAUGUCACAAAAUAUGCCCUAUCCGAUCGGUUCACCAGAUAAAAAGGAGGUUGAGAGCCUCUCUGUUCUCCAAUGUUUGUGAGCAUCCCAUACUCUUUCAGACUGAGAGAGCAUGUCUCCUUUUUGCCCAUCUUCUGUAGCUCUCUACCUGUACAGAAAUUGAUCCAUCCAUAGGCUGCUUUCUGUCUCUCUCACUUUUCUCACGCCUAACCAAUGGCCCAUGUGACCAAUUAAUUAGUCUCCCAAUAAUCCUUCACUGCUCUAAGAAACCACCUUUCUCUCUCAAAUCUUCACCAAAUCUCAUUUGUACACUCCAAUCCCACCAAACCCUAUUGAAAAAUCUUCCUUCCAUAGCCUCUUGAUCCAACUUUCAAUUUUGUCACCUCAUCAUCACAUGGGAAAUCUUCUCAGGUUGUUCUCUGUUUCUCUUCUUCUACUUUUUCUCUGUUUCCCAGCUUCAUCUCAGGUCAGUGAGCUCUUCUAUCCUGGUUUCAAAGAUGUGGCUGCCAACCUAACCUUAACCGGAGUUGCAGAGAUUGAAAAAAUUGGCAUCUUGAAAUUGACCAACGACACCAGUAGGCUAAUGGGUCAUGCCUUUUACACUUCACCAAUUCAGUUCAAGAACAAAACCAAUGGCAAAGCCUUCUCUUUCUCUACGUCCUUUGCCUUCACCAUAGUCCCCGAGUACCCGAAACUCGGAGGCCAUGGCCUGGCCUUCACGAUAGCGCCCUCCAAAGAUCUCAAAGCUCUGCCUAGUCAAUAUCUUGGUCUUCUCAAUGGCAGUGAGAUUAGCAACUUAUCAACCCACAUGUUUGCAGUUGAGUUUGACACAGUUCAAGACUUCGAGUUUGGAGACAUCAACGAUAACCAUGUAGGCAUCGACAUCAACAGCUUAAGCUCAAACGACUCUGCUGCUGCUGCCUAUUACAAAGACUCUGCUACGAAACAGAGCAUCAACCUCAAGUGUGGGAAACCAAUUCAAGCGUGGAUCGACUACGAUUCGGCUCAAAAUCUUGUGAAUGUAACAAUUUCACUUUCUUCUUCAAAACCCAAAAUCCCACUUCUUUCCUUUCACGUAGAUCUCUCGCCAAUUCUUGAAGAGUUUAUGUAUGUUGGGUUUUCAGCUUCAACGGGUCUGCUUGCUAGCUCCCACUACAUAUCGGGCUGGAGCUUCAAGAUCAACGGAGAGGCUCGAGCUCUUGACUUGGGUUCUCUUCCUUCACUUCCACAACCCAAGAAAAAGCACCCAUCUUUAACAAUUGGGCUAUCAGUUUCAGCCAUUGCUCUUUCUCUGUCUGCAACCUCUGUAGCCAUUUACCUCUUUGUGAAGAAAACCAAGAACUCCGACCCAAUAGAGUCCUGGGAGCUGGAGCUGGGCCCCCAUAGAUACUCCUACCAAGAAUUGAAGAGAGCCACAAAAGGAUUUAGAGACAAGGAGCUACUUGGGCAAGGCGGGUUCGGUCAAGUAUACAAAGGAACACUCCCAGAAUCGAAAACCCAAGUCGCGGUUAAGCGAAUUUCGAACGAUUCAAAACAGGGUUUGCGUGAAUUCGUUGCGGAAAUCGCCAGCAUAGGUCGUCUUCGGCACAGAAACUUGGUUCAAUUAUUGGGUUGGUGUCGACGAAGAGGCGAUCUUCUUCUUGUCUACGAUUACAUGGAAAAUGGGAGCUUGGACAAUGCCCUGUUUGAUGAGCCCAAAACCCUACUGAGCUGGGAACAGAGGUUUAAGAUCAUAAAGGGCGUUGCUUCAGCUCUGCAUUAUUUACACGAAGGCUAUGAACAAGUUGUGAUUCACAGAGACGUGAAGGCAAGCAAUGUGUUGCUUGACAAUGAGCUAAACGGAAGGCUUGGGGAUUUUGGGCUUGCAAGGCUUCAUGAACAUGGCUCAAUUUCAAGCACCACAACUAGGGUUGUGGGCACUUUGGGUUAUUUAGCACCAGAGCUGCCGAGGACUGGUAAGGCCAGCACUGCCUCUGACGUGUAUGCAUUUGGCGCGCUUUUGCUUGAGGUGGCCUGUGGAAGAAGGCCCAUUGAGCCCAAGGCAGUGGCUGAGGAGCUGGUUUUGGUGGACUGGGUUUGGGAAAUGUACAGAGAAGGCAGGCUGCUUGAUAUUGUGGACAGGAGGCUCAAUGGGGAGUUUGACGAGGGAGAGGUGGUGAUGGUGUUGAAAUUAGGGCUCAUGUGUUCCAACCAUGGGCCGAUCGAACGGCCAAGCAUGAGGAUGGUGGUGAGGUACUUGGACGGUGAGAUUGAAGUUCCAGGGGACUUGAGGGGCCCACGUAGGUUGAGGAAGGGUGAUCGUGAUCAUGAGGCUGCCUUUGAUGAUCUGAUGAAGUCGUUUGCUUCAUCAUCUUCGUUUGAUAAGAUGAGCUUGUCCUCUAAUAAAGAUAUGGAUGCUAGUUUUGCUUCCCUUUCUACUUCUCCUCUCUGUCUUCUCCACGGCCAAACUAUGUAGUCUUUGCUAAAAUAUGAAAAUUAUGAGAGAAUAUUUGUUUGUGGGAA